GUGGCUUCUGCCAAGUUCUACCUGUAACUGGCUUCCUCUCUCAAGUCAGAUGUUUGGCUGCUCCAUCCCCUGCAACAAGAGUCAUGCCAGCUGGACACACUCUCCUUCCUGGGCCUCUGGUGGCCAGCACAGAGCCCCAAACACAGCUGUUGAGACCCUGAGCCUGGGGGUUUGUGGCUGUGUUUCAACUGUGUCACUCAAGGCUGGCCUACCCCAAAAAUGAUCUCCUCAUUGCUCCUGGCCUUCCUAUUCCUGGCUGUGGUCACAGUGGCCACUCCCAGAGCUGACAGUCAAUGUCUGGCAUGUGGGAAGCAUGCCUUGGACCUGGAGAGCCAGCGGAAGCUGCUUCUUCACCUGGCCAAAAGAAGCAUCUUGGACAAGCUGCACCUCAGCCAGAGCCCAACACUGAGCCGGCCAGUGUCCAGAGCUGCUCUGAGGACAGUGCUGCAGCACCUUCAUGGGCCCCAACAGCGGGUGCUUCCGGAGGCUGACCCAGGACAGGAAUAUGAGAUCAUCAGCUUUGCUGAGACAGGCCUCUCCAACAUCAACCAUACUCGCCUUGAUUUCCACUUCUUCUCUGAUAGAACUGCUGGUGGUAUGGAGAUCCUGCAGGCUACCCUCAUGUUCUUUGUGCAGCUCCCACCCAAUACCACCUGGACUUUGAAGGUGAGGGUCUUUGUGCUAGUCCCACAUGAUGCCAACCUCACCUUGGCCACUCAGCAUCUGCUGGAGGUAGAUGCCAGUGGCUGGCACCAGCUCCUUCUGGGACCUGAAGCUCAGGCCGCCUGCAGCCAAGGACACCUGACCCUGGAACUUGUACCUGAAGGCCAGGUAGCCCAGAGCUCAGUCAUCUUGGGUGGGGCUGCCCAUAGACCUUUUGUGACAGCCAAGGUGAAAGUUGGGGGCAAGCACCGGGUUCGACGGCAUGGAAUCGAUUGCCAGGGUGGGUCCAGGAUGUGCUGUCGACAAGAGUUCUUUGUGGACUUCCGUGAGAUUGGCUGGCACGACUGGAUCAUUCAGCCCGAGGGCUACGCAAUGAACUUCUGCACAGGGCAGUGCCCAGUGCAUGUGGCAGGCAUGCCUGGCAUUGCUGCCUCCUUUCACACAGCAGUGCUCAAUCUUCUCAAGACCAACACAGCUAUAGGCACCACUGGAGGGGGCUCAUGCUGUGUGCCCACAGCCCGGCGCCCUCUGUCUCUGCUCUACUAUGAUAGGGACAGCAACAUCGUCAAGACUGAUAUACCUGACAUGGUGGUAGAGGCCUGUGGGUGCAGUUAGUUUGUGUGUGAUAUGGGCAGCCCAAGGUGGGGUAGACAAAUAUGCCCCACAGAGGUGCCCUUCCUUGAGAGGAGGGACAGGUUCCAUUACUGCCUCUGUCCAGAAGGUGCACUACCUCUUCUUGUGUUGGGAAAUUAUCCCAACUGUACCAUCUUCGCAACCACCAGCUCCUCUCCUAGAGCACCAGCAAGCCCCCCCCCCCCCGUGCUCAACCAUCAUCCCAGAGACUCUGAUUGACCUCCAACCGUGAGCAACACAAUCUGGUUCCCAGGCAGACUUCUGUAGCCCACUCUUAAUCCAAGCCAAAAUGCACUGUGCCUCCCUGCCCUUUCCACUCAAUGGCCUCCACUCAGGAUCAGUUGACCCAGCCUCUUCUCUUGAUUUUUUAGACUUUCAGAGAGACCCCCAUCCUUGGUUUCACUAAAGAUUAGAUCAGCCCUGGCUGGUGUAGCUCAGUGGAUUGAGCAUGGGCCUGUGAAGCAAAGGGUUGCCAGUUCGAUUCCCAGUCAGGGCACAUGCCUGGGUUGCAGGCCAGGUCCCCAGUAGGGGCAUGCGAGGCAACCACACAUUGAUGUUUCUCUCCCUCUCUUUCUCCUUCCCUUCCCCUCUCUCUAAAAAUAAAUAAAUAAGAUUAGAUUAGAUUACUGCCCUCUAAAAUGAGGCUCAUUCCUCUCUGUGUCUUGAGCCCCUUUCCUUCUUGCUUGCCCAGUUGUACUGCUAAGGCUCUCUUGGCACACCCACAUCCGUUCUUUGUCCUUCUCUUCCCUGUUCUAUGCCCUUGCAGGCUAACUCACUUGAGUUCCUUUGGCCCCUGCUUCCUGCUGAGUUUGACUAAGGGGAAACACAGGCAAGAAUUCAGGGUCUUUGUUAUUCCUGCUCCCUCAGCCUAAGUGCCAGGGUUCUGUGUGACUGUGGUGUGACCACAUCCCUAUAGCUCUGGCUCCCUUCUUCCAUGGUUCUAGCUCUGUUCGAAUUCUGAUGUCACUGCUUCCACACUAGAGGCUUAUAAUGGCUUUCCACUCUUACCAGUCCCUAGAUAUUUCAGCAUCCCUCACUGGGUCCCUUCAACCUGCUCAUACCUCUGUAAAGAAGUCCUUCAUUAAGUCUUCUCAGUGGGGCCAAUGCAGAUAGCUGAGUGGGUCUUCUGUGCCCUGCCAGGACCCUGACUGACAUGCCAGAGGACCCACAGCCUGCCCCUCCUGCCCACUUCUGCUCUCUCCUCACACAGGUUCCCUGGGGCUGAGCUGUUGUGUCUAACCCAUACUUCAUGCUGCUCCCUUCCCCAGGCUGUCUGCCCUUCUUUAUUAGGCCCCCUCCACCCUCUCAGAAUCAUCUUUGCUGGUCUCAAGGCUAAUAAAGACCUGAGUUUUACCUACUCCUCUCCUUGUCCUGUACUCGCUCCAAGACAUAAGACAGAUCACUGCUCAAUGGGCAAGUAGGCUGACGACCUGUGGGCAUACACAUAAUGGGAGGCAGAGAAUAGCUCAGAGAUGGCUGUCUUCCUUCCACCAGUCCCCAGGGCUCCAUCCAGGAGUCCUGCUUAGAAGUUGGAGCUGGCUGAGGGCUACCAGAGUCGGGCAGGGGACAAAAAAGGAAAGCCUGGGGUGGAAAGAGGGAGGCAUUUGCUCUGACUGGGUUCUUCUUAAACCAGUGAUUUUCAAGCUGUGUGCCACAAGAAUUUUUAAAGCAUGCAGGAAUGAUGAUCUCUUUUCCCUUAGACUGUCAAAUAAAAAAAUGACCACAGCCCACUUACAAUAACCAUCCGGUGUGUAUGCCCUGUACUGGGCCAUAAGUACAUAGGUCAUAUAAUGGAGUUGCAUCUUCUGGGUCAUGUCGCAUAAUAAGGUUGUGUCUUGGUAGCAGAAAUCCCUCUGUACGAGUAUAGACACCUGAUCUUUAAAAAAUCAUAUUGGAGCAAAAAGGUAAUUACUCCUAUUUUUCAAUCAACCAAAAUUAUACCUAUUUUUGUCAGAUUGGCAAAAAUAUGAUUCUUGGCAUGCAGCAGAAUUUUAGUGAUGAGUUUAUGUGUGCCAUGAGAUGAACAAAGUUGAAAAUCGCUGCUCUAGACCUUUGCCCUCUUCCCCCACCAUCUCCUCACUUUAGUUGGACAGCGCUGAACCAUGGGGUCAAUAUUGUCUGUAGCCCAAGGCCGAGUGUUUGCAAAACCCAUGUGUCCUUUGGAUUACGUGAUGUCUGUGUUUGCUCAGUUUAUAACCCCCUUCUGCCAGGGUCCGAGGGCCCUGGAACAGGAGCCCUAGGGGAGGAAGUCCGAAAGGGACGCCCUGGGCGACUGCAGGUCUGAGCUGCUGAGCCUCCCGGACAAACUCCAUGGAAGUCAUCCCGCCUCUGACCUGAGAUCUUUUUCUAAGGAGAGACUCUAAGGAAAUCCGGUACCUCUCCCCUCACCCCACAUCCCUCCCAGAUAUAAGUUCCCUCCCUCCCACUACAACAUCAGUGACCAGGGCCAAGACUCAGGGGAGGUGAUGUGAGGCACUUGCCUUAGGGGCAAAACUUUGAGGGGAUGACAGAAAUAUUCAUCAAUCAGGAUAAAUAAUAUCUUAAUUCAGUAUUUUUAAAACAUCAAAAUCAAUGCAAAACAUUCAUGGUGAAAAAAAUGUCAAAUUUUUAAAGGAACACAGGAUUAGUAUUAUUCCUCUUCUUCAGCUCUGCCUUUUAUAACAAGAGAAAAGAGUGAGUCUGUCUGCUUUCAAACCUUUUCUUCCAGAGUUCCCUGACCCCUAACUCUACACUGCCAAGCUUUUCUCAUUUGGGCAAGAUAAUCACUCAGGAUUCUUCUACUUCCUUACCCACCCCUAAGCCUCGUCACUACC